ACUCAGAAAAAAAUACACAAGUGCUACUGAGUUUGUUUCUUUAUUUUUCCUCCACCAGAAAACUUCAAUGAUUCUGCUCAGCUAAUGGUAAUUGAAUUCUAUAAUGGAGGCUUAAAACUGAGCUGCCACUAUCCAGAAGCUGCCCGGGAUUUUAAAAUGCAGUUGCUGAAAGGAACUGGAAAACAAAAAGUCUGUGAACUCAAAAAGGAAAAUCAAGAUGUUCAAAUGACCAAGGAGUUGGUAUCUUGUCAGCCAAAGCUUUCCAAUACAAGUGUAAUUUUCUUCUUGACUGACUUGGACAGCACCCACACUGGUCAUUACUUCUGUAGUCUACAUGUCACUUAUCCUCCUCCUUUCUUGAACAGUACUCCAAAUGGAGCUUAUUUACAUAUCUAUGAAUCAAAGUCUUGCUUCCAUAUGUCCUUAUGGUUAUCUCUUGGAGUUGCAUUUUCCCUCUGUUUUAUUGGAAUAUUAAUUGGCGUAUUUUCUAACUGUAUAAGAAAAAAGAUAAGUCAAAGCCGAUCUAGUUUACAUGAAACUAAUAGUGAAUACAUGCCUAUGGCAGCAGUGAAUGCAGCUAAAAACCCUGGAUUCAAAGGUGGGUCUCAAUUUGGUGCUUUUUUCAAUGAUGGAAGCUUUAGGACUUAAAUAUCUAUGUUUUUUUUUAAGGGUAAAGGUACUUUUCUUUUUGGAUUGAUCUUAAUAGGUGUGAAAAAAAAGCAAGAAUUUCCAUGUUGAGUGCAGUUUUUUCUCACUGUAGUAUAUUGAGAAAAAACACAUUUGAGAAAUAAU